AUGGCUUCAUCCAGCUGCUACAACUCCCCUUGUGCUGCCUGCAAAUUCCUUAGGAGAAAGUGUCUGCCUGGUUGCAUCUUUGCACCUUAUUUCCCACCUGAGGAGCCACAUAAGUUUGCCAAUGUCCACAAGAUCUUCGGGGCCAGCAAUGUGACCAAGCUUCUAAACGACCUCCUCCCUCACCAGAGGGAGGACGCCGUCAGCACUCUGGCCUACGAAGCCGAGGCCAGAGUUAGAGAUCCUGUUUAUGGGUGUGUUAGCGCGAUCACCUUCCUCCAAAGGCAAGUCGAGCGCCUCCAGAAGGAGCUCGACGACGCUAAUGCGGAUUUACUCCGCUAUGCUUCUUGCAAUGACGUGUCCGCGCCACCAUUUAUUGGCCCUCAGGAAAUUGGCUCAUCACUUCAUAACAUGACACUUAGUAGGAGAAUGGGGUAUGAUCAUGGAGGAGGUUAUCAUUUCCCUUAUCCUCCCUCAUCAUGGAAUGAUCAAAACCCUUCUGGAGGAGGAGGAAAUAUUUGAGCCUAAUUUAUAGAGGGUUCAUGUUUCUUGGUCAUUUGAAAAAAAUUGUGUGCUUUUUAACUAUCACUACUACUACUACUAGUGCUAUGGUUUUCUAGCUAGUCCUCCUCACAUGCAAUUUCCUAGCUAGACCAUUGAGUCACUAUGGCGAAAAUUUGGGAUUUUUAGACUUUUAGUAGUUGCGUGCUGCUAGAAAAAAAGUCAUUCUCUAAGUGUUUUAUGACUAUAAUGUGUCAUCUUCAGAGACUACCUAAGAGGUGGAGGUAACUCUAUGGCUGCUAUAUCUUCUGUUUGUGUUACUUUUAUUUGAGAGUACUCUAGAAAAAUGUCCAUGUGAAGAGGCCUAUUUUAUGGGAUUUGCUUAUAUUAAUAGUAAUAAAUUAUUUCAUGUCAUUGUAAAAGGAGAUUCUCACUAGCACGAGUAUGUAGGUAAUUAAAUAGAUCCUAUA